UUUGAGGAACCGUGUUCCACUUCCGUUACAAUAGAAAUUAAUACUGAAGUACCUGAAUGUGUAAUGCCUAAGUCAUCAAAGAAAGACUUAAGUGCUGAUGAUAUACAUCUGAUUGAACAAGGCACCAUUGGUCAGUCUGAGAAUGAGGCAUGGCACGAUUACAGAAAAGGCCGAUUAACUGCCUCUAAUUUCUAUAGAGUGUACACAAAAGUUGAAACCCUUAAAACUAAGGGGGGUGAUGCACAGGAACUAGUGGACACAAUCCAGGGUAAAAGUAAUGGACCGUCGGAACAUUUACCUGCUCUAAAAUAUGGAAGAAACAUGGAGAAAGUUGCUAAGGAUAAGUAUGUGAAACUGUUUCAGAGGGAGCACAAAGAUGCAAAAUUCAGAGAGUGUGGACUAUUUAUUGAUGAAUCUGACCAAUUCAUUGGAGCAUCCCCUGAUCUGCUUGUUGAAUGUUCCUGUUGUGGAUUAGGGGUGCUAGAAGUGAAGUGCCCUUAUUCUAUUGUUAAUGAUUUACCAUCAGAAGACAAUCUUUCCUACCUGGUAAAGAUUAAUGGCAAAAUUGUCUUGAAAGAGAAGCAUGCAUAUUUUGCACAGAUACAGGGACAAAUGGCUGUGACAAAGAGAACAUGGUGUCACUUCCUGGUCUACACCCAAAAGGGUUAUCAUCUGGAGCUAAUCAAGUUCAAUAAUGAUUACUGGGAAAAGAUAAAGCAAAACCUAAUUUGGUUUUAUAAUAAGUAUUUAAGUGAAUGAAUGCUCGUUAAUUAUAACUUGAUACAAAACUUUAUUUACAUGGUGUAAACACUAAAAAUACAUUUGUACAUUUUAUAUACAAUUUAGAAUUUUUACAAUUUCAUAUCUGGAAAAACUGGUCUGACAGUUCUAAAUUGAACUCAAAUAGUCUCUGAAUAGAACAGUAAAAUUGUCUGUUGUGGAAACUGGAAUGGAUGAAUCAAAUCAUGAAAUUUUAUACAAGUAAUGCAUUGACCACACUUCAGUAUGAUUGAAAAUGUUACAGUUUGAUAUUGUUUGCAGUUAUAUAUAUAGUAAUAAUAAAUAAUAUAUUAUUUAUUUGUGUUCAGCGACACAUGAGCUGUGAAAUGAAGAAAAAUAUUUACAAAUUAUAUCUAAUGAUUGUAAUCACUCUACCAGAAUAAUUUUUCUCUUGUGAGGUCCUUGUGGUGCAAAUAAUAUAACAGUUCUUAUUCAGAGUGCACAUACUUAAUAGCUGAAGCAUUAAAUGGUACUAAAUCAUACUAUUACUUAAUUUUCUUGUUAUGUACCAUUAUCAACACUAUUUAGUAUUAUUUGGUACCAUUUGUAUGAAAGAUUAAGUGAUUGCACUCUAUACUAGUUGCUAGUAAAGUAGAGCAGAGAUUUUGAAUAACAUUUAACCUAAGAAAGAACUUAGACUAAUACAUAUUGGUAUCCUCUAAAUUUAUGAAGUUUAUAUUCUUUCAUGGGUUAAAUGCUGUCAAUCUUUUUAGCUAUUUGUACAUUUCUUGUUAAUCAUUUUUUACCCAAGGGUCUAUACAAGUUACAUAAGGCUGCACAAAUAAGUACAAUGUUGUCUAUACUGCCAAGCAGUGAUAUUGGUAGUUCAUGCUUUAUCAGUCUAAACGUCUUCAACCGUCUUAUUGCUUGCUCAACAAAGAUUCUAAGAUUUGCAAUUUCUUUUGUUUUAGCAACUUCAGCUUUAGUGAACUGCUCUUGUCCACGUUUACCAGGGGGGAUGUGUAGUCUUGAGCUUCUGAUUAAGAGGUCUUCAGCAAUUGUGAAUCCACGGUCUGCCAUCACUUCAUCGCCAGGUUCAAUGAUAUCAUAAAAUGAUGAUUCUCUUGUCAGAUGCACAUCUGAAGUUCUCCCUCCCCAUGCUUUGGAUAAGAAAUUGAAAAAACCAUGUGGUGUUAUUGAUACCAACAGCUUAGCAGUGUUGUGAUGCUUGUAGUCUGACCACGUAGCUGCUCUAAGGUUUGGGUCGCUUGGGGUUUCAAUAAAUAU